UGUGAGCACAGGAAUCAACACAGACCAACCUAUCAAAAUGAUGAAGCUGGUGGUGUUGUCUUGCGUAUUGGCGGCGGCCUCCGCCACGGGUUUGUUUGGGGGUUACAUAUCACCAUACACACCCUUGGCCUACGCCGCACCUUACUACCAGCCUUACAACUACCGGGGGCCACUAUCCCUCGCUCCCGGCCAGCCCGCCAACAUCUUGGGCGCUGAUGGCAGGCCUUUGGACACUCUUGAAGUUAACUUGGAUCGGUCAGCUCACCUUACUGCCAAGGCUCUCGACAGUGGUAUCCAUCUGCUGAAGAAACGAUCGGUCUUCGCUGCCCCCCUUAUCGCACCCUUUGCUCGUCUCGCCUACGCCGCUCCACUCAUAGCUCCCUCCAACUACCGUGGCCCACUUUCCCUCGCCCCCGGUCAGCCCGCCAACAUCUUGGGCGCUGACGGCAGGCCUUUAGACACUUUAGAUGUGAACUUGGACCGUGCUGCACACUACACUGCUAAGGCCUUUGACAGAGCCCACAUCUUGAAGAAGCGGUCUGCCGCCUUCAUCGCCCCUGUCGCUGCUGUAGCUCCCGUGGCCGUCGCCCGCACUCCACUGUUCGCUCACAGCUACGCCUACACCGCUCCAGCUGUUGCCCGGAUAAGCCCAAUCACAUACGCUACACCUUUCACUCAUUACUUUUGAAUCAUCAACGAAAUUAUAAAACGCAAUAAAAUUGUUUAAAUAACCAA